GGCGGUAGUUAGUGCCAAGAACCCAGAAGCAAGGUAACCAGAGUCAUGGGAAGAGCACCUUAUUCCUAGAUUGACCGACUGAUCGGUGACUGAAGACUUGACAACACACUUGUUCAACAAUGGCGGUGACUUCUUAUAACAAAAUAUAUGGUUUAGUCGCUGUCAUUUCGAGCAAACAAAUACGCUUUACAUGCUGGUUUGUCUUUCACUACCUGAUAUAGACAAAGUUUUGUUGAAACCUCUGAUUGAUCAGCACCUGCGUCAUUUGGUGGCAGGUGGAACCCUCUCGUCACCCUUGCUUACCCGGCGAUUUUAUCUAUAAUCAACCACGAAGAACCAAGAGACUGGUACUGGUUACGACUUCAGACUUCCCUGCGUCUUACUUUUGCAGCGGCAACAAUCGCCACGUUUCUGGAAAGAGCUCUGUUUGGCUCACCUUGAAAACUUGCAUCCUGGCCCUAAAGAUGGGAGGGGUACGUGUGAGGGUCCGACAUCCCGAGGGCACUUUACAAGUCCAGGCGGAGGACUCUUGGACUGUAGGGCAAUUUAUCGAGCACCUCCGAAAGGAAACCGGUGUUCCAUGCUUUGUGCUCAAGUCCGGAUUUCCUCCCGCUGUGAUUGAUCUUAGCGACAAAAACAUAAGUCUGGGUGCUCUGAACCUUGACGGCUCGGCCAUCACGUUAACGCCUGUAGAGGACACUUCCCCCGAGGCUGUGAGGAGCAGAGAAAUGGCCAAACUGGUCGAACGAGACUCGUUAAUGGCUGCAGAGCUGGCUGCGGCAGAGUCGACGGCUACUCCAUCCUCAGGACAGUCUGAUCCUAAAAGACCUGACAACCUCUCGGUCCCUUGGCCGGAGAUGGACGAUGGGUAUAUGGUUCUUAGAGUUAUGGCCGAUGACAACAGCUGUCUCUUCACUGCCCUUUCAGCCGCUCUGGUCCCUCAGGUGAGAGACCCGGCUCCAUUUUUGCGCAACCAAAUUGCCGAAUACAUUCUCUCCCAUCGAGACACCUACAACAGAGCCACUCUGGAGAAGUCACCUGAAGAUUAUGUCGCCAAUCUCAGAGGUAGAGACUUCUGGGGUGGAUCAAUCGAGAUGUCCGUACUCAGUGCCAUCUACGACAUACAAAUUGUCGCGGUGGAUGUCAAGACUUUGGAGGUAUUCCCACACGGCGAGGACAAGACGGAGCGAUGCCUGGUGUUGUAUUCCGGCAUUCAUUACGACAGGAUUGUGCUAGCUCCCGGGCCUGACUAUCCUCAUGAGACGGACAUCGUCCGCUUCGAUAUUGGCAACGAUUCAGCACUUAGGAGAGCCAGAGUGCUCGCAGAGAGGCUUCAAAGGUCCGGGUACUACACUGACACCAACACUAUCGUCAUUCAGUGCAUGGUCCCGGGUUGCAACUGGCUCGGUGAUGUCAAGGGGGCAAAUGAGCACAGCAACGCAACUGGGCACCAGAGUUUUGAACAAAUUGAGGAUAAAUAGGCUGGGCUAUUUGGAAAACUCAUAUGCUGAAUGCCCCCUAUAGCUUGACACGUUCCGUGAUUUACCGUCUACCCCACAGCCUGUUCAUAAGUUGUUGGUCCGAUCGUGCGCAGAAAGCAAAUAAUGACACGACAAAAAGACACGACCAUGGUUGCAUCUUACACAUUAGGACUUAUAGGUCAUGCCGCCACCGAAGGAAUGCUCGCUGUUCUCGCCGCCCUUGGUCACUUUACCCUCCGUCACACCAGUCUCAAAGGCACAAGUGCCCAUGUCCAGCUUCUUGGCCGGCACCGCCGAGGGACUGAUGUCAAAGUCGAAGAUGUCCAUAGGGAGGCCCAAAGUGGUGCAUGCAUUGGGAAUAUCAACAAUGCCAGCGAUGUGCCCUUGGAUCGGAGCACAUGACAUGAGCAGGUAAAUCUGGUAGUCGCUGUACCCGAAGCGCCGCAGGUAUUCGAUCACUCCUGAAAGUUGGCGGCCGAUCAGUACGUUAAUAACACCUCAAAACAUCAAAAAAACCGCUCGGGUCACGGAGCAAAGGAAACAAGCGGGGUUCCUUACGAAGACACGUCUGACGGUAAGCGACCGUGACGUCCAUGUAGUGCUGCUUGCCGUGCUGGUCCACGCUGAAGCCCUCAAAGUAGAUGUGGCGGCCCGGCCCAAAGUGAGGCUCUACCGGACCCGGGAUGUAGAUGGGUGACUUUAGGCCGAGGUCUGCCAUCCCGUUCUUGAUCACUUUGAAGUUGAUGGUUAUGACACCGGCCAUCUCGAUGGCACCGCAGAAGGAUAUCUCGCCAUCACCCUCUGUUUCCAAGUCGGGCUUGUUAGACCCAAGUCUUUAUUUGUCGAAUCACUUCCUUUCAGAAAAGGGGGCUGAGAGCGGAAUUCGGGAGAUGAACUCACGAGAAAAGUGCAGAUCUCCGACGCUGAACUUGGCUCCGGAGACAUGAACAGGCAGGUAUACUUUACUACCCCUGCUCAGGUUCUUGAUGCUGUUACCGCGAUUGAAUAAGCCAGUAUCAGCACAUGCAUCAAAAACAAAAGAGCCCACCCAAAAUGUUCCUCAAAAAAGGGGCCACUAACUCGCAAUUACCUCCAUGCUCGGGCCUUCCAGGAAUCGUCCUCGCACCCUCCUUACCAACCCUGGCGGUGAGACUGGCAUCCGCAGCGCCGGCGUGGACAUUGACCGGCUCAGGCGGCUUGGCCACGUCGCGCUCGAGCUUGUUGGCGGCGAUGAGAUCCCCCUCGCGCUUGUUCCACUCGGCCAGGACCUCGGCGGAAGGGGCACAGCCGAGGAUGCCCGGGUGGAUCAGGCCGGCAAACUUGACGUGAGGAAUAUGCCUGGAUGUGCAGUAGAUGCCCUCAAAGUCCCAGAUCGCCUUGGCUCUGGUGGCGUAUGGAAGUUUUUGUCAGUAUUUUCACGAUCUGAGUGAUGAUCAGAAGUCAUAGGUUUGAGAGGGUCGCAGAGGGUCAUGGCAAAUAUCUAUAUACUCACGCGGAUGGGUAUAUCUCGUCGAGAAAUCCUCCCCCGUUGCUCUUGUCAAAGACACCCGUGAAGCCCCAUGGCUGGUCCUCAAACGGCUGAACGUCCAUGAUCUCAACCAGCAGGAGGUCUCCCGGCUCGGCCGUCUCUACCUCAAAGGGGCCGCUGAGAUAGUGGAUCUUGGUGAGGUCGACAUUGCGAAUAUCGUCUGCAGAGUCGUUGUUGCCGAUUUGUCCGCCGGUCCUGUUGUUCGCCAGCAUCAGCCUCGGAUCUGGAGUUGACGGCGAUUGUCGUCUUUGAGCGGCCAGACGCAGCGCCUCCGCUCAUUAUGUCUUUGAUGGCCCCAAAGAUUCAUGCCUACCAGUCAACGCAUUCAAUUUUCACUGUUUCGCCAUUCUUAAUGGUUCCCGCAAACGGGAUAUCCGGGUGCCAUCUGUUCUGCGUUUGCUGUUAGUUUUUAAAACAUGUGAUUUACUAAAUGCUUCUCGCUUACAUGUAAAGCUGACUGCUCAGCAGCAGGCUUGUCCAAGCUGACCUUGCAGACCUUGCGAAUUUCCGGCAUUAUAUACAGCUGUAUUGAAACUUUUUUUUACAAAAGCUUACUGAGCUGGUCGACUAGAGACAGGAAUAUGGACUUCCAAUGUAAUGCAGUAUAACUACUACGUCGCUAUUUUGGGAAAGGCAGGACAGGAAGUAUUUGUAUCAAUCACUCUGAUAAGCUACCCCGCAUACUACUCGGGAUGAUCACUACAAGCUAUCUUGGCCAAACUGACUGAUGCUUCUUGCCAUCCCAAUUUGAUUAAGGC